ACAUGUGGUAAAUAUUUCUUGAAAUGGUUGUUUGAUUUUGAAAGAAUGGUCUUUUCUGGAGAAAUUGUCGGUUAUUUAUUUACCAAAAGCGAUUUUCAUGACAUGAUUUUUUUACUGAUGACAAGUGACCUUCACAUUUACUCCAGAAAAAGUACGGGAAAAAAAUGGCGAUUCUGUGAACAGGGCCUCGUGAAUCGAAAUGGGGAAACCAAAACAUCAGAGUCCAGCUGUCAAAAAAGCAAACGCAGUUAAAAAGAAGUACAACAGGGGCUCACUUGGGAAAUCACUCCGGUGCAAGAGAGCAAUUCUGGCCAUAGAAAAAAAAGAGGUAACUGUGACUAUCAGGAAAGCAUCAGAACUGUAUGGCUUAUCUUAUGGUUAUUUACAUAGGCGUCUUUCUGGAGAGGUUGAAUUAGAUAGUCGAAAUGGUCCACAGCCGAUUUUCACUAAAACUGAAGAAGAGGCGAUGGCACAUUGGCUGAAAGAAAUGGCCAGUCGAGGCAUGGGGUUAAAGCCGGGAGAUUUUUUGGACUUUGUUCAGAAAUUAGUCACCAAUGAAAAGAAACAAACACCAUUUGCAAAUAAUAGGCCUGGAUAUGACUGGUACUAUGCAUUCAUGAGGCGUAAUAGUCACAUCGUUGAAAUGAGAACUGAAACCCCACUGGAAACUUGUAGAGCUAAACUUACAAAAGAGAAGACAGACAAAUGGUACAGUUCAUUUAGAGAGUUUUUGUCAUUGAAAGGAUUGAUUGAUAAGCCAACCCGAUAGGCCACACUGCACUGUUUGCACUGUAUUAUUGAGUCAUGGUUAUAUUAUUAUGUAUGACUGCUGAAACACUGUUGAAAACGGCAUACAAAUGAAACCAACCUUAUUAUUUUAGGUAGAAAAACAGCUUUCCUAGCAAUUCCAUUAUUCUGUAUACUGUAUUGACUAUUUUCAGGCAAAAACCAAUGAACCAGUUCAAGGCCCUUGAGAAGCAAGUGAUCUUGCUUUGUUAAAAAC